ACUACCGCAAAGGCAAAGUGAAGACCAGCCACCGAUGCCCACUGAAGAAGAGCUUCAUCAUUCACAUGAAUGGGUUGAAGUUGAAGAUUGGGAUGAUGAUCUAGAUGAGUACAUUGUGGAUCCUGAUUAUGACAUCUUGGAUGGUGAUGAAGAUUUGACUACCGAGUUGAGGUCAAACGGUCAGUUGCCUGAAGAGAAUGAAGAGAAUGAAGAGAAUGAACAGGAUGAAGAGAACGAAGAGAAUAUUGGUGCUUCGCAGAACAGGGCUGGUGGGAGACCCAAAGGUAAAGCCCAAUUUGAGUCUGGUGGUGUUGACAGAACAAUUCACCAGGACACUGUGGGUGGUGAUUCAGAGUACGUAGAGUCUGAUGGUAAUAGAUCUAUUUCAGAUUCAGAAGAAGAGGGGGAGGAUUUUAAUGUGUUUGAUGAAGACCACGACCAUGAGGGUCCAACUUUCUCUAUUGGGAUGUUGUUCACUGACAGGGAGCAGUUUAAGAAGGCCUGCCGUGAGUGGGGGAUACACCACAGGUACCAACUGCACUUCCCUGUAAAUGAGAUAACAAGGGUGAGGGCAAAGUGCUACUCAAAGAGCAAAUGUAAGUUCUACGUGUUUGCCUCAAAGCUGCACCUCAAAGAUCCCAAUGACAACACAUUCCGAGUGAAGACCCUUGAUCUGCGCCAUACAUGUCCUAAAGUGAGCAAAAACUUCCACCUGACUAGUGCAGUCCUCGCCGACAAGUACUUAGAAGAAUUUAGAAACGAUCCUGAAUAUAAGUCUGAAGUGUUUGUGAAGAAGAUUCAGACGGACCUAAAACAAUCAAUAAGCAUUCAGCAGGCAAGAAGAGCAAGAAGGGCAGCAUUGGACAAAUUGGAGGGUGAUGAAGACCGGCAAUAUGAGAAGCUGUAUGACUAUAAGAGGGAGGUUUUGAGAACCAACCCAGGCAGCACGGUGGAGUUUAAAGAAGCAAGGGGGAAGUUCCAGGGAAUGUAUGUAUGUUUUGAUGGGUUGAAGCAGGCCUUCGUGAAUGGGAUGAGACAGAUUGUCUGUCUGGAUGGGUGCUGGUUGAAGGGUAAAUACGGGGGUCAACUUCUUUCUGCAACAGGGAUUGAUCCAAACGACUGUAUGUACCCCUUAGCAUAUGCCUGGGUUAAAACGGAGAACACGGAGACCUGGAUGUGGUUUAUUGGGCUACUAUCAGUUGAUCUGCACCUUACGAAUGCCGCUGUUUUCAUGUCCGAUAAACAAAAGGGUUUGUUGAAUGCUGUGAAGGAGUUGUUCCCAUAUUCAGAGCAUCGAUUUUGCUGGAGGCAUUUGUGGGCCAAUUUCAGGAGCACAUUUCACACGCAACACAUGAAGCCCUUCAUCUGGAACAUUGGAACAGCAACAUACAAAGCAGCCAUGGAUAGAGCAAUGAAAGCUCUGGAAGACAAACAUGACGCUGGCUACAAAUGGAUCAAAGAGAGGGACAGGAAACACUGGUGUAGAGCGCUGUUCAAAGAGGAAGUUAAGUGUGAUAUCCUCCUAAACAACCUGGCUGAAGCAUUCAACAAGUACAUACUUGCUGCAAGAGAGAAGCCAGUGUUGACAAUGUUCGAAAUGAUAAGGACGCAGCUUAUGAAGAGGAUUAAUGACAAGCAGAAGUUUGGGGGAAACAUGGAGGGUGAGCUGUGCCCAAAGAUCAGAAAGAAGCUUGCUAAAAUCAUUGAUUAUGGUUGGAAGUUCACCGCAGAUCCUGGUGGUAGCCCUCAGUGGCAGGUAGAGGGCCCAGGGGGCCAGUUCGUGGUUGAUUUGGCUAACAGAACAUGCACAUGUCGAAGGUGGCAGCUUAGUGGAAUCCCAUGUUCGCACGCUACACCAUGCAUAUAUGGAAAUAAUCAACGGCCUGAAGAGUUUGUGGAUGAUUGCUACAGUGUAGCUACGUAUCAGAGGGUAUACAGCUAUGUAAUCAACCCUAUGAAUGGGCCAGACAUGUGGGAAACAGACCCUGAGCCGGCUAAUAUCAUACUCCCACCAUCCCCAGUACAUAAGAAGAAGAGGGGCAGAAUACCAACGGCCAGGAAAAAAGAGGCGGAGGAACUAGAGAAACAAAGGGUUGAAAAAGCCAAGGAAGCCGCUGCAGGUAGGAAAAAGUUGCCAAGGAAAGGAAAUAUGAGAAUGACGUGCAGUUUAUGUGGUCAAUAUGGACACAAUAAGAGGGGUUGCCUAAAGAGGAGUGGGGGUCAGUCAACUCAUGAGGUUGGUGGUCCGUCAGCUGAAAGAGUGCCUGGUGGUCAGUCUGUUGAAAGAGAGCCUGGUGGUCAGUCUGCUGAACGAGAACCUGUGCUUCAUGACUCUCCAGUCACCCUCCGCUGGAUGAUGGAUGGUACAAGUCAAGUCGUUCAUAGGUCACCGAGUAGACGUGACACCUUUCCAUUUGUGGAUCAAGCAGUUCCGGCGGAACCUCCGCUUGCUGACCAAGGCCAACCAGACCAGAACCACCCAGGUGAUGCAGAAGAGAAUGCCUUCAACAGCCAACGGAGCAGUGUUGACGAUGGAGCUCCGUCCCAACCUAUCCCGACGCAAGCUGAAAAAGGAAAAGGGAAGCGGAGAGCUAAAGAUGUUCCCUCUAGAUACAUGAACAUCCUGAGGAAGAGAUCCAAAAAAAUGUAGUGCUGGAACAUGGAUUAGUGGUAGUUAUUUUGCUAAUUAUUAUUGUGGUGCACAUAGGCAGUAUUUUGAACCAUGCUUUUGAUUGUUUUGAGCCACAAUGUUGUGGUUGUUUUAGGAAUGGAAUGUUAUGAAACUUAGGAAUGUUAUGUAAUUAAUUCUUGAAUCAGUGUACAGACAUGAAAAUUCUUAAUAUAAAAGUACUCUACUAAA